GAGCCCAGCCGAGAAGAUGAAUGCAACCAGCUCGCCUGCAGGCUCCACGCCCACCAGGUCAUGGUUCUGGUGCUCCGCAACGUGCCGCAGAGCGACUUCGAUUCGGAUCGGGUGAAGCGGCUGUUGUCCUCAUUGACCUACCUGUCCUCCCACCACACCUUCAACCAAGAGCGCCUGGAGGUUCCGGAGACAGAGCUCUUUGAGACACUGCAGCUCCACCGGCGCUACAUCGUGCGCUGGCUGGUGGAGCAGCGGCGCCUUAAUUCCUUGACCGGCUUCAACUCCGUGUUGCGGGGCUGCCACCAGCAGCUCUCUGCACUGGGUGACACCAGCGCCCCAGACACCUCGGGCUUCGAGUGGGUCUGCGUAGGCGACGACACGGAGUACGAGGGCCGCUUCGGUGUCCUCAGCGAGGCGGCUCCGGACAAAGAGGCUCAGGGCGGAGCCACUGGGGGUGUGAAGACUGUGAAUGCCUCCGAUGCUUUCUGGAUCGAGCUGAAUGUCCAGCUUCUCCAGGUCACGGUCCGAGGUCGCACCCUUGUGCCUUUGGAAGACUUUAUCUGGCAGGAUGCGGACUUCAAGCACGUCUUUGUGUCGGAGCUUGGGGAGAAAGGGGCCAUGCAGAAGACCACCGUCCAAUGCUCCGCUUUGUUGACAUCCACCAAUGCCACGGUGCGGGAGCUGCUCAGCAUUCCCUUCCGGGCUACGCACUGGGCUGCGAAGCCUGCAAGUUUCCUGCCCUUCCUUGAUGACUGGGACCGCCUUUACGAUGUGGAGGACUUGGAGGAGGACGAGUUUUGGAUUGCCGAGCUCUUCGAGCCCGUGCGCCGCAUGUUCUUCAUCCCGCCCCCGCCGAAGCGGCCGCCUCUCUUCUUCAUGAAGGACGAGCCCGUGUCGCCCGAUGCGACCGUGGUGUGCCUCAUGGGAGUGCAUCAAGAUGCGAAGGCCCGUAUCUGGAAGGAAGUUCACCUGUUCAAAGAGCGGCGCAUGAUCCACAUCUACGGAAUCAAGUCUUAUGGUCAUCAGCUGUACAGGCAGCUGGAGUACACGAGCAAUGCCCGGCUUUGUAUGCACGAGCUUCAGCCAGCACUGGACGGCCGUGAGGAGCCUUGGCCUGUCUGGGCUAGGUAUGCGGCUGGUGGCUCCAGCUGCGACCUGAACAACCACGAGAACAGCACCACGGUUUCGCGCACAGCCGUCAAGGGUCUUCAUGGCUUUGGCGGUGAGGUCGAGGGUGACAAGGAUCCCAUGGACGAUCCCGAGGACUGGGACGAGUUGGACUCUGGGGCUGAGCGUGCUGCGGGGAGUGCCGUCAAGGAGGACGAGGAGGAGCUGGAGGAAGAUGGCGUUCAGCGGAGGCGCAAGCAAAUGCGCAGUAUCGCCGCCGAACCCCAGCCUGUGUACUGCCGCGAGAACCAUGAGUUGCAACCGGAGAAGAAGAAGAGCAACCGCUGCAACUUCUGUGGCUGCAGCGGAACUGCUUACCGAUGCCGCGACUGCGAUUAUGACCUUUGCGAGCCCUGUCAGCGCAACCUCUCCAGACGUGUGCCUAUGAGGUUCCAGGAGGGCGACCGGUUGCAGAUCAAGGGCAAUGGCUACAGCCGAAAGGACGGAAUUGACUGGCGCUUCUGCUUCUACGCGGGUGCCGACUGCGUCUUCUCUUUCGCGCCUUGCACGCAGCGCAAGUGCAUCCUGCGGAACUCCAUCAUCGAUGGCUCCAAGGGCAGUGAGGUUCGCACGGGUGGGUGCCCGCUAGCCACUGAGAAUGACACCUUCAACAUCUCUUUUGAGAAGAGCGAUGAGGGCUUCGAGAUUACCAUCAACGGCGAGCGAGUGGCAGAUUUCGAUUUCCCUGAUCGCUCGGCGGAGGUCGUCGACCACAUCGGCUUUGAUUGUCGGGCUGGCAGUGUGAAAGAUGUGGAGAUCUUCCACGAUCGCAUGAUCACUGAGAAGUCUCCCUUUGAGCGCAUGAUGGAGGUGGGUGAGCAAUUCCUACCAGGCCGUGUGCUUUCAGGUCUGUUGCCAGAGGCCUUGCUCGAGGAUUACAACUUCUACCAGGAGAACGCUCCCCCACACCGCGUGAUCCGAGGAUACCCGGCGAAGGGCCGCUGGCCUUCAGACCAUGAGGAGGAGGAUACCUAG